AUGAGUAUCAGGGCGUCCGGCGCCCCGAGGGCGGUGAGCUACGCCGGGAGGGCGGGCGGGCGCGAGGGGGCCGUUCGGCGUGAACGAUCGGCGCCCAGGCGGGGAGGACGGGGACGGAAGGGCGUCAGCGUCGAGGACAUCGCCCGCCUGGCCCCUCUGCCGCAGGGCCAAUCGCGCGGCAGCUCCCUGGAGCGCGUCUUCACGACGCCGCUCGAUUCAUCGCCCUCUGAUGCCGGCCAGCUGGAUGGCGUCGGCGGCUGCGAGGUUGGGGCCCCGGGCACGAUCAACGCCGUCACGGAGGCCGACGCGUUCAUCGUGGCGGCGGCGCUGGUGGCCUGCGGCGCCGAGGUGACGUGCGCCGGCGUCGCGGGCUGGACGGCGCUGCACUGGGCGGCCCACGACGACGCGCCGAGGGUGGCAAAG